AUGGAUGUAAAAAGAAUCAUGGUUCAAUGGACAAAAUCACUUCAACUUCUUAUGGGAUAUGAACAUAGCGCUCAAUUAUAUUUUAUCUUUCAGGUUUUAUCGCAGCAAAACUUGAAGGCGAAAAUAUGUAAGGAAAUGGAAGAAUAUGACAACGAAAGUCUGGCUGAUAUCUUAUAUAUGAAAAAAACAUGGAAAGUAUCUUUUGGGAAGAGGGAAAAGAAGCCUAGUCUAUUUUGUCCACAGCUCCUAGCUGAUGUUGUCGAAGCGGCAGUAUUAUUUUUGACACAUACAGUAACAGAUAUUUCUGUUUGGUCAUGGCUUCUGCUUUCAACACUUCGUUACCUCGCUAUCAGACAUCCACUCUUCCAUCUUCAACUGUGGCAAAUGCCAUAUCGAGCUUUGUCAUUCAUUAUAAUAGUAUCAUUGGCGUUGAAUGCUUGGCUUCUGUUGGCCGUUCAUUCCACUCAAUUAGGUUGUAUCCAACAAGCAUUAUUUCGAUCACUUGCUUGGAAUCGUUUGUUUCAUAUUGUUGAAUGUGCUUGGUCAUUUUGUGUCCCCUGCUUGCUUAUUUUUAUUAUGGAUAUUUCUGUGCUUAUCAAGAGCACGAUGGUAUCGUGUGACAUUGGCGCAAUGCAAAGGUUUUUAGCGCAAAAAAGAUCUGAACAAACUUUUGAGCCCCCAACUAUUGCCUGUGUAUAUUCCAGAAAUAGCCAGACACUUACUCGACCUAAGCAUAGCCGCACGCUAUGGAGGUGGUUAUCGAUUGCAUUGAUUUGCAUAAUAUUGAAUACACCAGAGAAUAUAUAUCGAUUGGUAAUACUGUUCGGAAUGCCUGAUGUUCAUGAGGAGGCGCUUCACUUCUCAGCACGAAUGCUUGCACAAGCGCUCUAUUUCAGCCAAUUUGCAUUUAAUGCUGUAUAUUUGGCAUUGUUUGUGUUCGACAAAUCAACUAGACCGAAAUAAUAUUUCGAGCAUUCGAUCAAUAGAAACACG